AUAUGUAUACAUAGAGAGAGAAAAUAAAAGAAAAACAAGAACGAGGAAGAAGAAGACAUAGACAUAACUCCGGCCCCUCCUCGUAUUAUACGGUCGUAUUCUCCUGACCAGAUUCAUUUCCAAAAUCUUCCGACCUGGGUUUUGAAUUUGAGAACCAGAGGUGGGAGUUUCCGGCGAAAAUGUACUCGGCGAUUCAUUCGAUCAACCCUUUAGAUUUCCAUGGUUCUCUGGACGGAACUAACUUAUUGGGAGACCCUUGUUUGGUAUUAACAUCGGAUCCAAAACCCCGUCUUCGGUGGACGGCUGAGCUUCAUGACAGAUUCGUGGACGCCGUUACUCAACUGGGUGGACCCGAUAAAGCUACGCCGAAAACAAUAAUGAGAACAAUGGGAGUGAAGGGUCUUACUCUUUAUCAUUUGAAAUCACACCUUCAGAAAUAUCGGUUGGGGAAGUUGGGCUGCAAGGAUUUUCCUGAGAGCUCUAAAGAUGUUGAGAGUAUAGAUACAGGUUCAAGCACUCCAACUUCAUCUUCGACGAAAACUGUUCAUGACUUAAACGAAGGGUAUCAGGUUACAGAGGCUUUGAGAGUACAAAUGGAAGUUCAGCGCAGAUUGCAUGAUCAGUUAGAGGUUCAACGUCGUCUCCAGCUUAGGAUUGAAGCGCAGGGGAAGUAUCUGCAGUCAAUUCUGGAGAAAGCUUGUAAAGCUAUUAUAAAUCAUCAGGGUUCUUCUUCUGCAGAUCUUGAAGAAGCUGUUCAUGUUGUUAACAACAAGAAUGUUAUUGCUUCAAACAUGCCUGCCCGAUUCAGUGACUGUUCAAUGGAGAGCCCGAUUUCUUCGCCAUUGUUGAAGAAGAGAACUAGGCCUUCGUUUAACAAUGAUGAUGAUGAUGGGAUUGUCGACACUUUGCCGCUGGAAAAUGGUAUGAGGCAGAUGGGAUGGAUGAUGACUAAUUAAAACAAUGGCUGGAUUCUGAAAUGAUGUCUUAGUAAAAUUUCUCUUAUUAACGGUAUUAACUACUUACAAUUACUACUGUGGCUUGUAUAUUACAUUCUCUAAGAAGUGGUUUUUAGGUUUACUGUA